AUGUCCUUCGUUGACUUUGUAUUGGGUGCUUCGCGAGCCUACCCAAUGCUCACAAUCCUCCUUACUCCCUUAGCUCUGUUACUCGUCCGAUCCUUAUAUCGCAUCUUUGCCCAUCCCUUGUCGCAUAUCCAAGGUCCCCUUCUACCAAAGAUAACCUCUUUAUGGCUUCAUUAUCAUGCCUACAUCGGAGAUGAAGCGAGCGUCAUUCACGAGCUGCACGCCUAUUACGGACCUCUUGUCCGGGUCUCGCCAAACGAGGUAGACAUUAGUGAUGCCGAUGCCAUACAGCCCAUCUAUGUCAGCAAAGGAGGAUUUCCCAAGGCAGAUUGCUACGCAAACUUCGACAUUGACGGACACAAGACCAUAUUUUCCACCACAGAUCAUGACCAUCGCGCUGCGCGGGCAAAGGCUGUUAUGCCGCUUUUCUCAACCAAGGCGUUGAGGGAAAAUGAGAGUGCAAUUUGGGCAUGCGUCGACCGGAUGAUCGAGAGAUUGAAGUCUGAAAGCAAAAGCAAGAGACCGGUCAAUGUGCUGAACUUGACGCGGAGCUUGGCUGUCGAUGCUGUUUCGACUCAUCUGUUCCGCGAGAACUACGAUGGCGUUAGCGAACAAGGUCCCACUCUCUCUGUAUCGGCGUUUGUGGAUGCUUUCGUCGCCGUUGGGCGCUUCUUUUACUUGCCAAACGUCUUGUUUGUUUGGCUGGAAUGGGCCAUUACGAAAUGGCAGGCGGAUCGAGAAACUGAUGACAGCAUGACACUGGUCGACAAGUUUGUCAGCAACCUCGUCGCAAACACAACACCGAAGUCUCUGACCUAUCCAGGUCGGCUCCUUGCUGUCGGAAUCAGUGAUUCGGAAGUCAAAGCUCAGUGUAAAGAUCUUGUGUUUGCGGGCACAGACUCGACCGGAAUGAAUCUUGCAACAAUUAUGAGGAGUCUAGCUGUGUACCCUGAUAAGUAUGAGAGGCUAAAGAAAGAAGUGGAUGAGAAUAUCGCACGCGGUUCGGAUGCGCAAGAAGUGCAAGCUCUACCCUACUUGAAUGCUGUUGUUAAGGAAGCCUUGCGGAUCAGUAUGGCCAACCCCACCCGUCUGCCCCACGUCGUGCCCGCUGGGGGAUGGACGUUCAAGGAGUUCUGUUUUCCUGCCACGUCGAUCGUAGGAUGCUCGGGCUACGAAUUGCACUUCAACGCCAAGAUCUUCCCGGACCCAACUGCGUUUGUCCCCGAGAGGUGGCUUGAACCCACGGAAGAAAUGUCAAAGUACUGGUUCGCUUUUGGAGCAGGCAGUCGAGCAUGUAUAGCUAGGAACCUGGCAACGCUAGAGCUGCAGUUUGCGACGGAGAGAUUGGCGAGAAGUGGUGUGCUGGACGGCGCGAAGGCUGUGCAAGACAAAGUUGAGAUAUACGAGUGGUUCAACUCGAAGGUCAAAGGCGAAAAGAUAGAACUGAUGUGGGGUUAG